AUGGAAAUCAGCCCAGCGCGGCAGCUCAGUGGCAGCAGGAAACUGAGUGCGCCACGCGUCGUUAAGGCGCGCGAAGCAGCGCUGCGUGGGGUGCGGCCUCCCACACUGCUGGCCGCUGCGGUCACCUGUGCGAAUGACGUACGUGCAGGUAACGCUACGCUGCGCAUACCACUCACGGGCGGCCUGAAGCGUCGGGGUGGGCUGCUGACUCUGCCCUCCGCCAGUGCCUCCACGACCACCACCCCCACCGCCGCCGCCCCGGCCACCUCCACCCCUGCCGCCGCCACGACCACCUCCGCCUCCGCUGCCGCCUCCACCACCACUCCCACCGCUGCUGUCUCCUCCCCCACUGCCGCCACUAGUCUCCCCAGCCGCGCCUCCACUCCCACCGCCUCCACCCCCACCUCCUCCGCCGCCACCCCCACCCCUGCCCCCCUUGUUCCUGCGGCGCCCGCUCGAAGCAGACGCGGUCCCGACCUUCUCAGCACCAAGAAGGUCGACAGCACCUUCUCAGAGGCGACAGAGGGGAGGAGGGGGGAAGGGGAACACCCCUCAAAGAACGGGGUGCGGGGGUCGCCACGAGAGGUGCCUACAGCGACGAUGCUCGCCUCAGCUGCAAGCAGUUCCUUCUCGAGGAGGGCAACAGUGAGCUCAGUGGGGGAGCGAGAGAGGAAGUGA